AUGGAGUGGCCAUGGUCGGUCGUUGCUUCUUCUUCUCCUUCUUCUUCUGGUUGUUUCUUUGCUUCUCCUAACUAUUGCUUGUCUACUACCGAACGAACGAAUUUGAAUUGUGGAAACAAGUAUCCGUCCAACAGUUCGAUUAAACCUUUGCGACAGAGCAAUUUCAGCUCGAAGCAUAAUCUGGUCACUGGUGUGAUCGGUAAACGUCGAAUCGAUGGAGAUUCCGUUGUCCGGAGAAGCACCACAAGCAACAAAAAUGCGGAGGAGACUGAGUCAUCUUCAUCUUCAUCUCAGUCUGUAGAUUGCGUCGGGAUGGGAUCAAACGUGGAGUGCGUCUAUAACGGAGAAGACGAGGAGAAUCAGAGCUCCGGAAUCUUGAACGGCGGAGAUGGAUCGUUGCUUGAAUGGACGGUUCUGAUUUCACCCUUCUUUUUCUGGGGAACGGCGAUGGUGGCGAUGAAGGAGGUGUUGCCGAUAACCGGUCCUUUCUUCGUCGCUGCGUUUCGGUUAAUUCCGGCCGGUUUGUUGCUGGUUGCGUUUGCGGUUUACAGAGGCAGACCUUUGCCUAAAGGAAUCAAUGCUUGGCUCUCUAUUGCUCUCUUUGCUCUUGUGGACGCCACCUGUUUCCAGGGAUUUCUUGCUCAAGGAUUACAGAGGACUUCUGCUGGUUUAGGAAGUGUUAUAAUUGAUUCUCAGCCACUGACUGUAGCUGUGUUAGCAUCUUUCUUAUUUGGCGAGUCCAUUGGAAUAGUGAGAGCUGGAGGUUUGGUUCUUGGGGUUGCUGGACUUUUGCUGCUUGAGGUUCCAUCAGUUACUUCAGAUGGUAAUAGCUUUUCCUUGUGGGGAAGUGGAGAGUGGUGGAUGCUUCUUGCAGCUCAGAGCAUGGCUAUUGGCACUGUGAUGGUUCGGUGGGUCUCGAAAUACUCGGACCCGAUUAUGGCAACCGGUUGGCAUAUGGUAAUCGGUGGCCUUCCUCUUUUGGCGAUUUCCGUUAUCAACCAUGACCCCAUUUUCAAUGGAGGUAUUCAAGAGCUAACCACAAAUGAUGUCAUAGCACUUCUCUACACAUCCAUUUUUGGCAGCGCCAUUAGCUACGGUGUUUAUUUCUACAGCGCGACUCAAGGAAGCCUGACUAAACUCAGUUCACUCACUUUCUUGACACCAAUGUUUGCUUCAAUCUUUGGGUAUCUGUAUCUUGAUGAGACGUUCUCCUGGUUGCAAUUGGUCGGAGCAGCCGUCACUUUAGUUGCUAUAUACUUAGUGAACUUUCCACAAGGCGACGAUUGA